AUGGAGAGCGCACCAGUUAUGGACAGUGCCAUAGCGCAGCAGCGCGCGGCCAGCGCGCCCGCACCCGCUGGCGACAAGCUGGCGCAACUGCCUGCGGCGCCCACCAUCAUCGCCGAAGCCUGCAGCGCCAGCGACUGCAGCAGCACCGCCGCGGACCAGCAGCUAGACCGCAGCGACGAGCACAUCUCUGGGUAUUACGACCUGGCGCCCAAGGAGGUGCACCCCUUCCACAGGCCCGCCAUGCCGUCACAGGAAGCGAUGCGGGCGUCCCCCCACCACCCCGUUGUGGUCACAGCCAACCCGAUGGCCGGCGGCCAGGUGGGCGCGAAUGCGCGCGUCUGCAUGAGCAUACAGGAAGAUAGUGGGCGGUUCAUGGGCUUGCGAUCAGAAGAGGGGCAGCAGGCCCACGCGCAACGCGGUGUCGCGCUUAAGCGCCGGGCGGCGGAGCCUGCAGCGGCCGCGCCCCCGCUGCUUGAGCGCGCGCGCGCGGCGGUCCUGGAUGGCGCGACCGACCCGAAUGCCCACAUGCCGGUCAACGGCCGCUCCUUCAGCGUUGAGACUGACAUGUUCAGCGGCCGCGUGGAGAUCCACCUCAAGGGCCUCAAGACCAGCAACAAGGAGAUGUUUGCGGGCAAGAAGCGGUACUUCCAGAUCGCCUGCCAGGGCAAGUUCAAGCGGGAGGUGGACGCGGACGCGAUCUGCAUGGGCCAGGAGUUUGUCAAGGCGGCCAACGUGUCGGCCUGGAUCGCGGAGAUGGUGCUCACGGGCGCGGCCAAGGUGUUCAGCAGCAGCGCGCACGUCGACAUCUACGCGCGGCUGCCCUACUUCAUGAACCCCGUGCUCGCGGCCUGCCAGCUGGUCAACGUGUCGCGCGACGAGGACGCCCCCGCAAACAUCUGGGACGCUCAGGAGGACCUGCGCCUGUUCGCACCAGAGCUGGUGGACAAGCACGGCGCCCCCACCGUGUCUGAGAAGCGGCGCAAGUGGUGCGACCACCCGGAAAACCUCAAGGGGCGCAACCCCUGCAGCUGA